AUGGAGGAGUAUUUGAGUGAAAAAUUGAAUGAUUUAUCAAUAAAUGAUGAAACGAAGGAAUUAAUCAAUAAAAUGACAGAAUGGGAAAGUCUGGGUCAAGGCAUUAUUAUGGGUCAAAAAAUAAUAGUGGAACUUGAUAAGCGCCGUCAAAAAUGUCGUGAAGCACUAAGGAAAUUACGCCAAGAAUCUAAAGACCGAACAAAAAGGAGAAGUAAAAGUUGGUUAUGUUUUGGAGAUACCACGUUCGUCAAAGUUGCCAGUGAUAAAGCUACACAGAUGAUUGAGGACGACAUAAAAAUUAUUGAAACUACUUUAGAAGGAACUCGAGAGGAGAUCAGAAGGCGAGUGGACGAGUUGAAGAAAAUGGAAAACUCAAAAAGUCUCGAUCAACUCGGCUUCAAUUUGCUCCCGAUUACCCAACCGUUAGUGUUAUUCAAUUAA